AUGGUGUUCUCUCUGCUCGUCAGGAAGGCCACGGCCGCCUGCAUCACGAUGCUGCUGGUGGCCUUUUUGACUCUCACUCUCUCACGGGCAGGCGCUUACACAUACCUCCGGCCAGCUCAGCCGAAGCCGGUCCUGGCCUUGUUGGAGUCGCCUCCGUCGUACAAGGUCACGGCCUGCCCUGAGCAAUGGACCAACAUAUCGCCCGAGACCUGGAACACAGCGAAAGCUCACACAGACGAUCUGCUAGAAGAUAAAUUCACAAUCGUGCUGCAGACCUACCAGAGGCCACAUAUUCUAGACACGACCUUGCGCCGUCUUCUGGAGAAUUACGUGCCAUCGCUCCUAGAACUCCAUAUCGUCUGGAAUGAUGAUGAGACCCCUGUACCUGAAGACUUUUCCUCACAGCAUGGCGUCCGGGUCAUUUACCAUCAGGCGGUAAAGAACAGCAUGAAUGAGAAGUUCAGACCUAACCCAGAAUAUCGCACCAAGGCCGUUCUCCUGCACGACGACGACGUCUACUAUCAUUCUGAGGACAUGGAGUUCGCGUUCCAGACCUGGCGCGAGUACCAGGAUCGCAUGGUCGGCGCCUUUGCUCGCUCCCACUUCAUCCAGGACGGACACUGGGCCAUUGAUUUUGCCCAAGGCGCCUACUCCAUCGUCAUGACCGGUCUUGUGUUCGUGCACGUUGCCUUCCUGGAAUAUUGGUGGUCUGAGACCCCGAUGAUGAUCCAGAUCCGGGACUACGUGGACGCCCAGAUGAACUGCGACGACAUCGCGAUGAACUUCCUCGUCUCCGCCAUCACUUGCCAGCCGCCGUUGCAGGUCACUGGUGUCAAGCCGCCGGUCAAUGAAGCGCCGCCGGUGGGCAUCAGUACAACCCCCGAAUUUCCAAAGAAGAGAGUGGAGUGUAUGAAUGAUCUGCCCCAGUUCUUCGGGGGGAUGCCCUUGAUCAACACGACCUGGGCUAUUACCCGGGGGCAGUUUCCAUGGUAG